AUGACUAAUGACACGCGAAAUUACGUAAUUAAUUGUGGAGGGCAAUUCAUAAACUAUCAUAAGCCAACGUUCACAGGCGAACAUGAUUUUUGGUCAGAUCCUUAUAUUCAAAUUCAUCAUUUCAUUAAAUUGCACCUCCAUGAAUUGAACAGAGUUAUUGUUUGUGACCUUUUUGAUACGAUUUUCCAAGGUGAUCCAUUCAACGACUAUCUUCCAAAAAAUCAAUUAAAUUUAGCUGACGAAGGACAUAGUAUUGACUAUUUGAACAAAGGAUGGAUAGAUAAAUGUGCUCCUUUAGAAGGAUACGAUCUUGAUUCGCUAAAAGUAAUAAAUGCCGGAUAUUUUGGAGGAGAUGCGAAUGUUAUAUUGAAUUUUUUCAGUGUUUACUUAGGAAACUUCCAAUUUGGAAUGGGUAAAGUUGAUCAAGGAUGCAUAAUUGGAUGGACAUACAGCGGAUUGUUUGAAAAAUACGGAGUGCCUGUUAAAAUUUCGAAUGAUAAUGUCAGACAUCUAUCAUGGGCAAAACUUAAACAUGGAGAAGAAUUAGGAUCAGUUAGAGGAAUAAAUAGACGCGAUCUAACUGUUGCAAUACUCCAUCAAACGCAUUGGGAUGGUGCUUUAUUUAAAAAAUUAAAGGAUAUAUGUCCACAACCUCCAGGAGAUUUCAAAGAUUAUUUAGGAUAUUGCAAAAGCUGCUAA